AUGUCCUCAGUUGCUUUUGAUUUUGAUGUAGAUCGUUACAUCAACCCCUUCGUUCCUCGCUCGAGGCUCUACCUCCUCCCGAAACCGAUAUCAUGGUUUCUUGGCUACAGAUCCAAACACGCGCCAUCUCUAGGGAGUGUCCUAGUUUGGUGGUGGGCUUUCAUAGGAGCUUUCUGUAGUAUCCUUGUCAUUGAAGCUGUAUUCCAGACCACGACAUUCAAGAUGGAAAAAUCCCCUGUUGUAAUUGCUAGCUUGGGAGCAGCCGCAAUCCUAGAGUUCAACACCAUCGAAUCUCCUCUUGCUCAACCCCGCAAUUGCUUUUUGGGGCAGAUUCUUGCUGCUGUGAUUGGUGUCAGCAUCACCAAGUUAUUCCAGCUCAAUUCAAACUUCGAGAAUCUGCGAUGGGUCGCUGGGGCCCUUUCUGUUGGUAUAACAUCUGCUGCCAUGGGUUUCACGAACACAAUCCAUCCUCCUGCCGGCGCAACCGCGUUGUUGGCUGCUACAUCAGACGACAUCACGAAUUUGGGAUGGUUCUUGGUUCCAUUGAUCAUUCUUGGAAGCAGUUUGAUGUUGGCUGUUGCCUGUAUAAUCAACAAUAUCCAGAGACAAUUCCCAAUGUAUUGGUGGACGUCAGCAGAUUUGAGUGCACCGAAGCAAAGCGAUUAUGAGAAUCAGAAGGAGGAGAGCAAAGAAGAUGUGAUAAGCGAGAGCGCGAAGAUUGUGGUUGAUGAUGAGAGGAUUGUCAUGCCGAGUUGGAUAUCUCUGGAUGACGAGGAGAGGUCCAUGCUGGAGGUCUUGCGCUCAAAGUUGCAGGAGGGACUGAGAGGAACUAAGUCGAGAGAUAUACUUAAUGAAGCCCGCUAA